AUAUUUUUCUGGCAGCUUCCAGAUGGAUACAAUACUUUACUCAGCUUUCUUUGCCGUGUACCUCCCUGAAGCAUCUCCCUCCGCUAACCUGUUGAUCCACAACCUAAUAAAAACUUUACACGCGCACAGGGCUCCCAAUGACGACGCCACGUGCCUCUGUGGAGGGUGUGUGUCGCAAGCCUUCAUAUUUCUGUGACGUGAGAAAGUGUCAGAAGAGCUUGAAAGAAAAAAAGAAAAAAAUAAUAAAGCGCGACAAAGGCCAACCAGGGAGGGAGAUGAAGACCUUCCAGAGCCAAAGCCAGCCUGCGCAGCGCGGAGCCCCCAGCAACCUGCACAGCCUCAGCAGCAGCGCCAUGAGUUUACUCAGCCCGGCCAGCAUCACUCUAACAGCCCUCCUCAUCCUCACUAUACCAGCCUGUACGGGUGCUCCAGCAGAUAUUCAGCAGGCCACAACAGAUCAGAGGCAGCUACAUCUCCAGAUAGACUCUGUGUGCUCUUCUUACCCGUCUGCAGAUCUGAACUCCUGGGCAUCAGAUGUCUUAGGAGAACUCUGUGUUUUGAUGCUGGUUCAAAAAUCAAAGGAGCUGAGAGUGCAAGAAAAUAGUAAAAGGAUCCCUCAGUUGCACCCUCUUCUGCAUCUAGUUUCUCAACUCCAUACCAGAAGAGAGAGAGGACUCUCCAUGCGUGCUGAACUGCAGGGACCUGGGGGAAUUGAGAGCAGAGGCUACUUCCUCUAUAGGCCACGAAAUGGAAGACGAUCCUUAGAAUAUGAAUGAGGAAAAGAAUCACCACCUCUGAAGCUAAGUGUACAGAGAUGGCACAGACCCUGAGACCCUAGCCACCGAACCACGACCGAGUGAUCCAGACUCCAACCACAGCCCUUCUGCCACAGUUGUAUAUUGAUGUUUGAAUGUACACAAUGAAUAUCA